AUGAUAAGGUCUACUCUUCUAAGAAGGUCAAUUGUCACUCCUUGUAGAUACAAGUCUACCAAGGUUAACUUUCAUAGACCAGAUGGACCAGGUUCUAAGGAUGCUGCUGAGCAGGCUGAUGCGACUGCUACCAUUCUAGCGGACUCUUUAGACUUUCAAAAACGAAUCCGUCCCAGUGAGUCUGCUCCUAAUAAGUUGACGUGGCUUGAUGCACUAAAUGAAAAGAAGAGACAAUUGUCUGAAGGUAAGACAAUUAGUUCUUUUGCUUAUCAGUCAACUAAGACGACUGCCGUUGGCGAAAAGACAAGGUCCGAAUCUUUCUCUUAUCUUACUCUGCCCUUUAAAGACGACGUCUGGUUAAGAGACUCCUAUAUCAAUGCUGCGGGAAGACUACGCGUGGGCCAACUAUUCCAGGAUCUAGAUGCCCUGGCGGGAAGAAUCGCUUAUAGACACUGUGCGCCCGCUGAGCCUGUUAAUGUCACCGCAUCCGUGGAUCGUAUCUAUAUUGUUAAAAAGGUAGACGAUAUUGAAAACUACAACUUUGUUUUGACGGGUGUUGUCACUUGGACCGGUCGCUCUUCUAUGGAGAUUUCUGUGAAAGGUUACGCGUUCCCUGGUGACUACCCCUCUGAGAUUAAGGAAACCAAUUUGAGUGACGAUGCGGUUUUCCUGAAAGCUGAUUUUACAUUUGUGGCACGUAACCCUGAAACUCAUAAGUCGUUUCCAAUCAAUCACUUACUACCCACUAAUGAAAGGGAAUGGCUAGAUUUCAGACGAGCAGAAUCGCAUAAUGCUCAGAAAAAAUUACGGGCCAAACUGGAAACUCUGGACAAAGUACCCCCUACUCAACAGGAAUCGAAUCUCAUCCAUAAUUUAUACAUUGCCUCCAAAGCAGUUGCCAAGUUAGAUCCCGAACAGUCCUCAAAGCUCAUCUUUAUGAAAGACUCCCAAGUGUCUUCCACCUUAUUCAUGCAGCCUCAGUAUAGAAACAGACACUCAUACAUGAUAUUUGGAGGUUACCUUUUGAGGCAAACUUUUGAGCUGGCUUACUGUGCAGCUGGUGCCUUUUCCUGUGCUCCCCCAAGAUUUGUCUCCUUGGAUUCUACCACUUUCAAAGCUCCAGUACCAGUAGGAGCCGUUUUAUUCAUGAAUGCUCGAGUCUGUUACACUGAACACAUCAAGGAGGAGGGUGAAGGUGAUAGUAUUCCAGUACUUGCCUCUUUACUAAAGGCAUACGAAUUGCCUCCAGCGAACCAGAUAUCUCACGAUUCUUCCGAAUUUCUUAGUCGUCCGGGUACAAUCAUCCAAGUUAAGGUAGAUACAAAGAUUCGAAAUUUGGAUAGUGUGGAAGCAAUUGAAAGCGGUUCUUUCAUUUACUCUUUCUUCGUUCCAAGAGACACUGAAGGUGUACGAGACAAGCCAGGCUAUUGUUCUGUCGUUCCUCAAACGUACGAAGAGAUGAUGUUGUACAUCGAGGGAAGAAGGAGAGCUUUUGACACAGCAGAGUAUGCCAAGGCUUUACAUGAAGCUAAAAAAGCUUAG